AUGGUGGUACAUAACCCAAAUAAUUGGUAUGUAAAAACCCAAAUACCUUGUUCUUCUAUUUUAAAAAAAAGUGAAAAAAUUGAAUACCAACUAACGUUGAAGAAAGGCACUGGAUAGACAAAAACUGUCUUCCAUGGUCCAAGGACUAUUUUCAAGCCAACAUCAAGGACACCACGUUUGAGAACGAGCAGUACAAGUUCAUCAUAACGGAGGUAGACUCAGUGACAGGAGACUGCGACGUCACGCAGAGAAAGGGAAAAGUGUUGUGUAUAUACGAUAUGAGGCUCGAGUUUUCGGUAUCGAGCUCAGACAAAAAGAAAACCGAUGCGCUGGCUAUUCUCGGGACCAUCACUUUGCCCGAGUUUGUCCAUGACGAAGAAGAAGACGAGUACGUGUUUGAGAUCAAGUCCUCGGGUGAUCAUGUUUCCGAGAUUAGGAAAUCGCUCGUGCCGGUGUUGAGGUCCAAGUUGAUGAGAUUCCAACAGGACUUGCUAGAUGCUCAUGCUAAGGACGUGCAACACGCAUCAGAUCAGUAA